AUGGGUGUUUGGAAGACAUCGUCGACAAGUUCGGUUCCGGCAACGGCACGGGCGUGGUAUCAAUGUCUGUGGGAGCAGGGUAUAGUCCCUACUUCAACUCACUUAUCCAGAACAUUCUCAACGAGGGACACUGUUUCUGUUGCUGCGGGUAAUUCAAACAUAGACGCCUGCGAUGAAUCGCCUCCAUCAGUGCCAGGGGCAAUCACCGUUGGAGCCACAAAUAGAUACGACAGACGUGCCUAUUUCUCCAACUACGGCUCUUGUGUCGACCUCUUCGCACCCGGUGUGGACAUCGUUAGUGCAAGCCACUCAUAUAACACUGGAAGUGUAAUAAUGUCAGGAACUUCAAUGGCAUGCCCUCAUGUCUCAGGUGCCGCUGCUGUUUAUCUGGGAUCAAACCCAGGUUCAUCUCCACAAACUGUGCAUGAUGCCAUUGUGAAUAAUGCGACUCCCGACGUAGUGUCUGACACUCAAGGAUCCCCCAACAAGUUGCUCUAUGUCCAGCCCUAAGUAUCUACACACCAUGGAUGCCGGAGACCAGAAUCAUAUGACAAGAUUUGAGAGGGUUGCAAUUCAGAAAGAUGAAUGGAAACAAUGAAUGAAGACGGCCGUAUGACAAAAAAGUACACUAUCAAACAAAUUUAAACAGCGAAUCUUCCGCAACAAAUGGUAAUACCUCAUUUUACAACUGUUGCGAAUUAAAUUGGCAAUCUUGCUAAAUGUGUUAAGCAAUGUUGAUCCCAUCAUACAGCAGAAGUGUUCCUGUGAUGUACAUGCCUAACCCACUGCUGGCCGCUUGAACCUGUAAUGUAAUGGGUGUAUUUUUAAGAGUAGGUCCAUAAAUCGCUUUCACAUCGAACAUUGCAAAGCACUUACAAUAGCCUUGAGUACUCUUAAAGAAUUCUUAAACCGCUGGUAAGAACUCCAAAAAACAAAAAACAGAAGAGAAAGAUGACAAUCCUCCAAACAUUUACUGAGAACCCUGUAUUAUGAUGUGAAAAAUUAUAUAAAUCACAAGCCUGGGGAAUGAAAUAAAACAACCUGCAUUUA